AUGAACGUGUAUCACACAGUGCGAACUAAAGUCUACAAAUCUAAUAUACCUUUGGAUAAACUGGUGUUAAAACUAAAUUUUGGAUUGUAUAAGUAUUUUGGACGCGAAGCGCGAGACAGUGUUUUCGCGCUCGACACCGGCUCGUCGGGCGACUGCCGCAAACUCAAAGAAAAAUCAAUAGCCACCCCUAGGACGUGCCCGCAUGCGGAACUCGGCACAACC